CCUUAUUACCACCACCCACACUGUUAGUAAAAUGUUACAUAAACAUGCCAAGCCGAAGCUUAUCAAAAUGAUGAAUUGUUAUGGUGAUCCACUAACUUUGCCAGAGCAUCAUCUCCUUUGCCGCCUGUUUCAUAUAUACUUGGCCUCUCUUCGACAUUACCAGUAACGAUGGCCGCCACGCAAAAGCUUUAUCCACGCGGAACGGUGAAGCGCAUUAUCAAAGCUCAGUCAAAUCGGAACGUGAGCAAGAAUGCCGAUAUACUCAUCUUCCUAGACUAUAUGCUCUUCAUGCAAGAGUUGAUGCGUGAAGCAUCAAUUCGCUCGCGGAAAGCAGGUGAAAAGAGCGUUAGCCCAAAUUCUAUCCGAAAGGUGACUGAGAGAACACUACGCAAGUUCAAGGGUUGAUCGGACGGUGUCAUUUCAUACCGCAUACAUGUUCCUGAAAUCCUUACGAAAAUCUAUACGAAGUAGGCGGUAGAUUCUACAGGACACCAUGACUGGACUACAAUUUUUUUUUUAUUUUGUUUUGGCGUUGAAUAUGGGUAAAGUGUUUUGGCGCGUGGAUCACUCUUGCACCGUCAGGACUGGAAUGUUACUUAGUCUAUGAUACCCCAUUGUAUUUGUUUUAAGAAUACCACAAAAGGUCCUCCC